AUGACGGAAAACCAACUACCGGAAGACAUCAUAGUCUCCGACAUCCUGGUCAAACUCCCCAUCAAAUCCUUAAUCCGCUGCACUUGCGUCUCGAAACGGUGGCGUUUCAUAAUCUCCGACCCCCAAUUCGCCAAAUCUCACUUCCAACUAGCUCGCCGCCACCACACCUUGACCCGCCGCCUCCUCCUCUACUGCUCCCCCUCCCAAGUCGAAUCCCUUGACUUGGAAACGACGCCGUCUCCGUCUUCUCCGAUUCGCAACCUCACCUGUAAACUAAACAACCAACCCGAAUCGAUCAAGCUCCUCGGCUCCUGCAACGGCCUGGUAUGCGUCUGUACGGAUCCCACUUUGAGCAGUUGUGAUCUCUUCAUCUGGAACCCAUCAACUGGUUUCUUCCGUAAUCUACCGUACCCAUGUUUUUCCUCGGCGACCCACACUGUUCUGUACGGCGGGUUCGGGUACUUGUCGGCCACGGACGACUACAAGGUCGUGGUGGCGGCGGCGGACAAUGUGUUUGAGUACGGCGAUAAUGUGGUGGAGGUGAAGGUGUUGUCAUGGAGAACAGGGGUUUGGAGAAAGAUUGAAGUGCACCCUUUGUUGUGUUAUACGUUGUACCCGGCGGCGGUUGUGGUGGGGGAGACGCUUCAUUGGUUUCGGAACGAUCGUUGGUUAGGGUCGGCGAUUAUUGGUUUUGAUUUGGACAAGGAGGAGUUUAGGGAGAUGCCGCCGCCGCCGCCGGGUUUUUGGCAGAGAUAUGAUAGAGAUUAUGUUGGGUGUGUGGGUUGUUGGGGAGGAAGGCUACAUGUGUUUCGAUAUACGGCUCGUGUUUGUGAUGUUAUGGAGUUAUGGGUUAGGGGUGAGAAUGGUGAUGGUGAGUCGUGGACCGAGGUGUUCAAGUUGAAAAUAACCGAUGAGCCUCGGAAGGCUGUGUUUCUGCGGCCGUUUUUGGCUGUGGGAAGUAGUGCAGUUGUGGCGAAAGUGACUAGGAACUCGACGAUGGAGAUGGUGAGGAUUGAACCUAGAGAUGAGGAACCGAUUGUAGAUAUGUUUAAGAGGGGGGUUGAACCGGCAAUGAUUCUAUAUGAAGAGAGCCUGCACCGGCUUCCUGGUUGUGGUGCCGUGGAAGAAGAGAAGGUGGAAGAGAUUCAAACCCCAAUAUUUGGUGCUCUGUUCUGGAUUACUGAUCACUGGUACUCUAUUCUGGCUUUGAUUAUGUUCAUGCUUUCAAUUUUCCAUGGGAUUGGAGAGAUGAGCAUCUUGAAUGUUGUCACUUGGAACUUAGGAGGUAGUUGGAACUCAAGAGAUGUGACUAACAUGAACAGCUACACCAAAUCUCCAUCGAUAUCUGUUGAUUACAAGCGAAACAUUACUAUGUGA